UGGCCUGCUGUGUUCAUCCAGCUCUACACCUUGUUAUCUCGCUCGCUGCAAUGUUGCGCAAUGGGUUGUAAAUAGAAAUAUACUUUCAGAGCAAUGAAUUGAAAUAAUCAUUUUGUGGUGGCAGAUCAAUAAUUAUGACAAUGUACUUAUUUUAAAAAAUGUAAAAACUACCUCUGUGAGUGCUCAAUAUACUUUCGCUUUCCUGCUGUCACUCACGGUGCAAAAAUAGGCUGUUGCAGCCGGGAGUAGAGAAUUCCGAGUGGGCGGUUAUUAACCGCGUGUGACAGCAGACAACGGCAGAAGUUGUUUUGUUGGAGCUAACAACAGCGAGUUGUUUUGUAUGAAGGUGAAUGUGAGGAUCAGCAGCUGGCGACUAGAUUCCAGAUUGUCGAUGCUGCUCGCGCUCACUUCUAACGGACUAUAGCAACGGCUAGCGCUCGCGGGCAUGACGCAGUCAACCGAUGGCAAGGCCCUGUUAUUGGGCUUGUUAGCAGGGGUGGGAAUCGGAGUGGCCGGCCUCACGCUGGCGGUCUCCUGGUAUCGAAGGACCAAAGAGAACGAAGGCAGCAUCACCGCAAUGAGGAGUCGGGCCGAGUUUCGCAACCGUUUAAAAGCCUCCGGCCCCAGGCCGCCCUCCCCGCGUCACGCCGACAUCUUGGAGACGCUGAGCGGGCUGAUCCGCAGCCUGGAGGAGGUGAAGGGCGAGGUGCAAAGCCUGAAGGAGGCCGUGCCUCGCCUGGAGGAACAAGUGCGGAAAGAACUUAGUCAGUUCGGGCCGGAGCGGAGUCCGAGAAAGGCGGCGAGGAAGAGGAAGAGAAGCGAGCGAGUCCUGGAAGAUGGAGAUACAGAUGCUGCAGCUGUUGGUUUUGCUUGUCUCAGCUCCGAAGAGGUGGAGAGUGAAGGGGGCUAUAUCACAGCACAUACGGAUACAGAAGAAGAAUCUGAAGAAGAAAAGGUGAUAUGUUCGAUAGUAGACACUACAUCGGGAUCUUCACUACAAGAAGACAGCCAGACCAGGGAAUUUGAUAUCCUCCUCCAGAAAGCAGAUAAUUUACAUGAGAAUCCAGAAUUGGAUAAGGAAGAAGGAUUCCAAUUAUUGUUAGAAAGAAAAGACCAGUUUUGGGACCAAGUGGAAUUUCUAUGGCGCUUAGCACGGGCAUAUGCUGAUAUGCAUGACAUAGCAGUGGAUAUAGAAGACAAGAAAAACUAUGCAGUAAUUGGUAAGGAGAUAGCUAUGGAUGCAGUUAAACUGGGUCCCCAGAGUGCUGAUAGCCAUAUGUGGCUUGCAAUUGUUUGUGGGCAUCUUUCUGAAUAUGGAAGUGUACAGUCCAAAAUCAAAAAUGGCUCUCUUUUCAAAGACCACAUAGACAAAGCAAUUGAGUUGAGACCACAGGAUCCUGAGCUGUAUCAUCUACUAGGAAGAUGGUGCUAUGCAGCCUCGAAGCUGUCAUGGCUUGAAAGAAAGGUGGCUGCAACAUUGUUUAACGAACCACCAAAUUCAACCAUACAGGAUGCUUUGCAAUAUUUCCUCAAGGUGGAAGAACUACAUCCAAGGUAUUCCAAAACUAAUUGUGUAUAUAUAACAAAGUGUUACAAAGAACUUGGCCAGACCAACAAUGCACAAAUGUGGUGUGACAUGGCAGCGUCCUUUCCCUCCAGUGCAAAGAUGCUGCCAGUCGUGUUGAGCUUCUCCAAUAAUUUCUAUGCUAAGGAGGCCACCUCUGCUGACACGGUCAAAUGCCUCGAUGAGGUAAUAUAUCGUGGUCUCCUUCAUCCACAGCAUUUCUCUUGCAGCCGCUGGACUAUGGAGAUUGUCAUUUUAGAGCAUCCAUUUAUAAAACCACACAGGAAUUUGGAAUGUAUUCAACCAAAAUUUGCAACCAGUGCUUUUUCAAAGAUGUUCAACAGGACAAUGACCUUAAUAGUUGAUGCAGUCGCUGGAGGUAUAUUUGGUGUUUGUACAGGCUCACAAUAUUUGCGUCACACAAUUCCUGAAGCACUGCUCUCUGCCACCAGUAGAGACCAAGAUGUAUUUGCAACUGCUGCUGGAAUACUGUUUUCCUGUUCCUGAUAAGGUCAGGCAGUAUAACAUCAGCAUCUCCAGCUUUGCUCAUAGCAAAGUUUGCCAAGCUCCUGCACUCUGUGUCCAGUAUCCAGUUUUAUCAUGACCGGCAGGAUUUUUGUUGUGUCCAGAGCUUCCUUGUAUUCCCACUCAAGUAGGGCUCAAGAAAAUAUGCUGUUCAUUUCUGUAACUGCUUAAUACAGUUGGUGAUGUCUUCACUUGCUCUUGUUUUUACUGGAACCAUUUUGGCUUUUUGCUGACGUACUUGUUCCUUUUUGACCCUUUUAUACAUGAUCCUAAGAUUGCUUGUUUCAAAGGAUGUACAGAUAUUCUGACAAAGUUGUAAUCAGUAGACUUUGGUGCACUGCCUAGCAACUUACUUUUUAAAAAUUCAUUCACAAGAUGCGGGUGUUGCUGGCCAAGCAAGCAUUCAUUGCCUGUCCUUAAUUGCCCCAAGGGCAGUUGAAAGCCACCCACAUUGCUGUGGGUGUGAUUCACAUGUAGGCCAGAUUAGAUAAGACUAGAUAACAGUUUCCUUCCGAAAAGGACAUUAAUGAAUUAGAUGGGGUUUUUUUUCAGAUCAUCAACAUUGAUUUUAAAGUUAUCAUUAAACUUUUAAUUCAAGAUUUUUAUUGAGUUCACCUUCACUAUUUGUCAUGGUGGGAUUUGAGUCCAGAUCCCCAGGACAUUACCUAAUUGUCCAGUUUAAUAGUCCUGUGACAAUAGACGAGGUCAUUGUCUUCCCUUAUUGGACUUGGUAACUAUUUGAACUUUGAGGCUUAUUAUUUGUAUCUCUCUCUUAAUUAUUAAUGCCAGCUGCUUAGUUUCGUUGACAGGUUUCAUAAGUGAUAUUAGUCUCAAACUAGUCACAUUUUCUGCUUUUGUUUCUCAUAUGUUAAAAUUGCAACAUUGUAGAUAAUGUCUUGGAUAUGUUUUAUCUUGCUUUUGCACCAUUUUACAAUGCUGGAGAACAGUUGUUAAAUGUUUCUGGAUGUUUCUUUUUUUUUAUCUGGAUGGGCAUUGUGUAUGGUGUUGACAAGAGGAUGAUAUUUCUGCUUUAAAUUAAAGCAGCCAAUUGUUGCAUCCUCUUCCUGGUAUACACCACAGAGUGUUCUGCAUCCUGGUCAUCACUCUGUGGCAGCUGUGUGUGUUAUGAGUACUGUAACAUUCUCUGCAUUUGGUGGCAAUGUGUACUGCUGACUUUCAAAUUGUUGGCUCCUUGAGUUGGGAGAGAAAACCUGUCCCGGAUAUCUUUGGAAGUGAAUACAUGUAUAUCACAGGGGAGAAUCUAGUUUUGAUUAUGGCUUCAGCUGCAAUCAAAGUAGUGCAUGCGCAAUUAGAUAACACAGUGUGGAGCUGGAGGAACACAGCAGGCCAGGCAGCAUCAGAGGAGCAGGUAGGCUGAUGUUUCAGGUCGGGACCUUUCCGACCCUUACUUCUGACUCCAGUAUCGGCAGUUCUUACUACCUCUGCAUGAACAAUUAGCACUUGCUUGUGAAACUCAGGUCAACAGCCUUGUCAUCAAAGACCAGCAUUGUUUUCAGAAGAGAAGGAAAGAAAUUAUAUUUGAAUUAUUACUUCCUAUUUUUUCGCUAUCCCCAAUUGUUUUUUGUUACUGCUGCUUGUGAGCUUUCUGUUAUUGCUGUUAUCUGUUUCUUUUUAAAAUAACCUUUGGGAUGUUUUUCAUUUUAACCAUUUAUAGUUCUUUUCUGCAUCACCUUGUCAACCAUACAUUUACCUUCUCUAUUCUCCUACUUCAAAACUCACUAGCAUGUGGCAGAGAGUGUAAUCUAGAGAUUACUUCCUUUGCAAUGCUUUCUGCUGGCUUUUUCCCUAGCCCCUUCAAAUUAUUCCACCCUCAUCAUUGGUGCCUAAUGGAGCAUAAUUGCUUUUUGAUCACAUUCAUGUUUCCAAGCUGUCUGAAAUGCUCAGUGAUCUCUUUAAACCUGGCUGCUGAAAAGGCGACCAUGUUGUCCCGGAUCCACAUUUGCAGCUAUCAAACACGUUCUGACAUUUUUUUAAAAUUUUGAUACAGGCAAGAAUUAAGAGGGAAACUGAGAAGCGGUUACAAAGACAGAUGGUGAUGGAGUAAGGAAGCUUUUGGUUAUCAUUGCAUUCUAGAAUUAUCCUGGAAAAGUGAACAGUUUUGGAAGAGAACAGGACAUGAUAUAGAUUUUGACCGAUUGUUGUAAAGUGGAUUUGCUACCGCAAUCAAGUGGCAAUGAAGAAAACAACAGAUCUCGCUGCCCUUAGAUUAGUAAGCACAAGUUUGCUUAUAUUCUGCUUCCCCUCAAAAUCGGGGGCUUUCACCAAGUGGCUAUUGGUGGUUCAGGUUCAUCACUAACACCAAUGGUAACAGGUAUUUAUUCUCAUCUGACUGGAUUUGGACUAUCUGUGGGUGUACAUUGAGAGAGGUUAACAUGAAGUAUGUGAUGACACUGCCUGAAAUAAUGGAGCAGCCUAUGAUAUUUUUGCACAAUGUUUUAACAGUUCGCUGUGAUAUCUUGGAUUUGCAGAAUUGAUCUUUAGAGAUUAGAUUAACCCAUAUUUGUGUUAAGACAACAUUUAUUAGAUGAAUGCGGAUCCCUUUGCUCUUCAGUGCAUAAGUAACCAUUCUAAAAGUAUGUGGUAAAAUUCCUAUGUCACAUCGAACGAGCCAACUCACACUUCUUGUUUUGUGGUAUUUUAAAAAAAAACAAAUCUUAGAAAGAGAUAGCACAAAUGUUAUUACUGUGACCAUCUGGAGAAUAAUUGAAAAAUGAGUAUCACUGUUAGAGUUACUGUUUGAAAUGUAGAUUUCUGACCAUGUACCUGAGAGUCUAUUUGGUCAAUCUUGGUUAAUUCAUCCAGGGGAAAAAAAACUCUUGCCAUUCUCUUGCCAUGAUUUGUUGAAUUUGGAUAGCCUUUAGUUUUUCUGCAACCAAAUCCAAAAGGCAAACUAAUAAUAAUUCUUUCUGACUUCAUUUUCUUUU